GAAAUAAUGUGAGAUAUAGUGGUUUAUUAAAACUAAUAUCAGGAUGUGUGUAACGUUACAGGCUGAUUCAUGACCUUAAACUUCAUGUAUUUAUUGUUGAUAUGAGUGGGUCCAUUUAAAGCCUGCUAACGGAGCCUAAUCAUGAGCUCGGGUCGGAGCAGACACCGGACUUGGGACUGGGACAGCCCGCAGUGCCGAGCCCAGCUGGACGAGGUCUUCUUCCGCAGACAUGACUACAUCCAGGCUGGCAGUCAGGACCAUAAAGAGUUCUGGUCUUUCUUUGACCGCUUCCAGAGGUUCAAGACAAAGAGGGACAUGUCUGGAUCUGGAUCCAGCCGAAAAGAAGCCAGAGAACAAGAAGGGAGAGACAAAAGGAAGUCUGGAAAGGUGGAUCUUGAUCUCCCUAAAGACUACGAUGCUCGGUACCGGAUCAAUGUGUCUGUGUGUACCAGGGACAUCGAGGAGCGCAUGGGGAGGUCAGGGAAGGGCUCCUCUGGUCCAGGUCCUCAGGAGACCUCAGACUGCCGCCUGGCUCUGCUGCAUUUUCUGGACUUCAGUCAGAAGCAGAGUUUCGGUAAACUGGCCAAACUGAGACGAGAGCAGAAGAGCCUGCCCAUCUACCAGUACCGCAGCAGGAUUGUGGAUCUGGUGCGGCGCCAUCCUGUGGUGGUCGUGGCAGGGGACACAGGCUGCGGGAAGUCCACCCAGGUCCCCCAGUAUCUCCUAUCUGCUGGGUUUCAUAACAUAGCCUGUACGCAGCCUCGACGCAUCGCCUGUAUAUCCCUAGCAAAGAGGGUCAGCUUUGAGAGUCUCAAUCAGUACGGAUCAAAGGUAGGGUACCAGAUCCGCUUUGAGACCACCCGGACCACAGCCACCAAACUGCUGUUUCUGACUGAGGGGCUGCUGCUGCGGCAGAUUCAGCAGGACACAACGUUGGCUCAGUACAACGUGCUGAUCGUGGAUGAGGUCCAUGAGAGGCACCUCCAUUGUGACUUCCUUCUCGGUGUCCUGCGCUCUCUGCUGGCCAGCCGUCCAGACCUGCGUCUCAUCCUCAUGUCUGCCACCAUCAACAUCAAACUCUUCUCUGAUUAUUUCAACAGCGCCCCCGUGCUGCAGGUACCAGGCAGGCUGUUUCCUAUACAGGUGAUAUAUCAGCCCAUUCCUUCAGAGGAGCAGCCCUCACGUUCAGAGAAGCUGGAUCCCAGACCAUACCUGCGCAUCCUGCAGGGCAUCGACCAGCGUUACCCCCCAGAGGAGCGUGGGGACCUGCUCCUCUUUCUCAGCGGCGUGGCAGAAAUCUCCACCAUCCAAGAGGCCUGUCAGGUUUAUGCCACACACACACGUCGGUGGAUAGUCUUACCACUGCACAGCACCCUCUCAGUGGCCCAGCAGGAUAAGGUGUUUGACACCUCUCCUCCCGGAGUGAGAAAGUGCAUCAUCUCUACAAAUAUUGCUGAGACCUCAGUUACUAUAGACGGAGUACGCUUUGUUGUCGAUUCAGGUAAAGUAAAGGAAAUGAGUUUUGAUCCGAAGGCCAAGAUGCAACGUCUGCAGGAGUUCUGGAUCAGCCGAGCCAGCUCCGAGCAGAGGAAAGGUCGAGCCGGUCGUACAGGUCCAGGAGUUUGUUACCGCCUUUAUGCUGAGUCUGACUACGAUGCCUUCGCACCUUAUCCUGUACCUGAAAUCCACCGGGUCGCUCUGGAUUCACUCAUUCUUCAGAUGAAGAGCAUGCAUCUUGGAGAUCCACUUUCUUUUGUCUUCAUUGAUCCACCUCCAGCUGCUAGUAUCCAGGCUGCAGUUACUUAUCUAAAGGAGCAGGGAGCUCUAGACAGUCGUGGUGAACUGACAUCUAUCGGGAGUUUGCUGGCACAACUGCCUGUAGACGUAGUCAUAGGGAAGAUGCUGGUGUUGGGCUCUUUGUUUAACCUGGUGGAGCCGGUGUUGACGGUGGCAGCGGCUUUUAGUGUUCAGUCACCUUUCCUGCGCAGCUCACAGCAAAAUCCAGACUGUGCAACCGCCUGCCAGCCCCUGCACAGCAACCAGGGAGACCCCUUCACCCUGCUCAACACCUUCAAUGCCUGGGUGGAGGUGAAGGGAGAGAGAGGCGGGGGCUCAAGGAAGUGGUGUCGGAGGAGAGGUUUGGAGGAACAGCGACUUUAUGAGAUGGUCAACCUACGCAGACAGUUCAGGGACCUGUUGAAGAGCCAUGGCCUGAUGGAGCCAGUGUACAGUGCUCCCUCCGGUGGUGACCGUAAGCAGCGCAGGGAGAGGCUGACGGAGAGGAGGAAGCUGCAUCAGCUGAAGAGAGAACAUGAGCAGCUGGAGGGCAGCAGGCGUAAAGUCCUGAGGCUGGAAGAAGGCCAGGAAGGAGAUUUGUCCUCGGGAUCAGACACAGAGGAAGCAGGCAAAGGCAGGAAGGACAAGGCGGGAUCAGGACAGAACAUGGACAUACAGGAGGUGAAGUUCAAGUUGCGUCACAACGUGUCAGAGCUGCAGGAGGCGGUCAGCAUCAGUCAGGACUUACCCUCCCGCCAGCAGGCUCUGCUCAAGCUGCUGCUUUGCCGAGGUCUCUACCCUCAGCUGGCUCUGCCGGACGAACACAACUCCAACCGCAAGGAUUCCGAGCAGGUGUUUCACACAAGGAAUAAGCAGGGAGUGGUGAUCCACCCCACCAGUGUGUUUGCCAGUGACCCAGAGGUGUUACAUGUGCCUGAAGAUGAGACCAGAGAGAUGGGGCCUGAUAGAAGGGACAGCAGCAGACACCAGGUGCUAGCCUUUGUCACUCUGCUGGAGACCAACAAGCCGUAUUUGUCCAACUGUGUACGGGUUCCAGCGCUGCAAGCUCUGCUGCUGGUCGCAAACUCCAUAGACAGUAACGCCGACUGUGCUCGUCUGGUGGUGGAUGGGUGGCUGGAACUGGAGCUGAGGGAAGCAGAGGGGGCCCUGAAGGUGCUUGCCACAGCUCUGACACUCAGGGCUGAGUGGGAGCACCUUCUGCAGGCCCAGCUGAAGCAGAGCCCCGCAGGAGAACCGGAAGUUCAGGGGGUUUCCCGCAGAGUCAUUGAGAAGCUGAGCGAAAACUUGGUCCGUUUCCUGCUCUACACUGAGAUCAGUUACAGCCUGCGGCGACUCACAGCUUUCCAGACCCAGAACCUGUACAUCGGCCCUCGGCCUGAGUCAGAGCUGUCUCAGACCGAAAUUCCAGAUCUAAAACCGCUGUUUCCAGGAGCGGAGGCCAAGCCGGAUCCUAUUAAAGGAGGCCUGCGUGUCACCAGUUUCUUUACCUACAACUGUCUGGCGGACUCAAAGGAUCUCUACAGUGAGUGUUUACGCACUUUCUGGACCUGUCCUAACUGUGACCUCUACAUGCCUCUAACUCCACUGGAGCGCAUGCAGCACGAAGCCUCCUGCAGGCCAGCGGGAGAACAGCAGCAGCUGGACAAAGAUCCAGAAGAUGAAAAGGUCGCCACCUCGUCUUCUGUUUCAAGUCUCACCAGAGUUUAUCACUGUGACGUCUGUAAUGAAGACCUGAACCUCACCUCUACUGAGAUCCUCAAACACAAAAGGCAGCACAUGUAUUCCACCAAAUAACUGACCACAACACCUGAAGGA